GUUAAUUGUUUUCAGUCUUGAAUAAAAAGACGACGAAUUUUUUGAUUGUUAAAAAUCUUUUAAGUCGAAUGAAGCCGUUUGUAAGGAUAAACAAAACACUUCAUCAUCAGUGCAAAACAAAUAUGAAUCAAAGUUUAAAAAAAUGAGAUGGAUUUAUUUACACAUGAGUUGAGCAUUUCUGUAAGUGAGUGCUGUAACGUCAAUAGUUAGAUGGCUAUUUAUUCUCAGUUCGGCAAAACAUUUCCUCUAGGAUGGCAGGGAUAUAUAGCGAUCGCUGGCGCUGUGCUGAUUUUGGUCCUCUGUAUAUUACUAUUCUUCAAAAUCAAGUAUAAUGUGAUAAUCGGGUUGAUCAUGACAGGAAUAAUAGAAGUUAGGAUUUCAUUGGCCGGUGGCUUUUGGAACACUGCUUUAGAUCUGGCAGCAUUGUGUUUUGCUAGUUCUCUGAAAUUUAUUUCAUAUCAGUUGACUCCUCUGUAUUAUGUUGAGCAAUUUCCACUGUAAUUUGUGUUUUGUGCAAAAAAGAACUUCUCACUUUGCUAGAACGGGUAACCGUUUAUAUUUUCAGUCUUUGAAAUAAAUUAUUUUGUGUUCGCUUGAACUUUCACUUGUGUAUAACAACUUAUUCAGAGGGUAAAUAUAAGUGUUU